AUGUUAUGCGAAACCAGACGGACUGGUUACGCAAAUCAUUCUAGAAUACUCGAAUUCGAAGAACCACCUCAGCCAAACACGAGUAAUACUCGGAAACGGCGUCUCUCUGGCGAGGAGUCCAGCCGGCAAGUGAAGAAAUCUCGUUUUGGCUUUCGGUUUCUAGACGCUGUUCGAUCGUUCAGUUCGACUGUUGCGAACGUGUUGGGAUUGGCAAAAGCGGGCCCAGCGCUGGAGCCGACAAGAUUCAACAGUUGUGACGAGCGAAUCGAUUCAAUGGUAGUGCCAGCGAUUAUUACACUAGAUGACAGUGAUAUAGAAGAAGUGCCCAUAGUUUCCCAAGAUUUACGCCGAAGUCCCUCGCUAGAGGUUGUAAAACAUGUUACCCCGGAUGUGAUCGUUGUCAAGUCGCCACCAAAGAAGCAAAUCAGCGAGGUGCAAAUUCUCCACGAAACUGUGACACUCGACAACGAGGACGACGUGCAGGUCAUCGAACGUCGGGGGCUGAACACCCGCCCUCGACAUAUCGCUGAAAAUGCCGUCACAAGAAAUCCGCAGCCACCCCAGAUUGCCUCCACUAAGAACCAUCCAAAUUCUGACGAGGAAAGCUUGGAGCGCUACAAGCGUCUCUUCUUGUCUCGCACGCGCUCCUACAGCGAUCCACGGGCGCUGAACGCUUUAUCUGGAUUCGCGGUGCUCGAGCAAGCCGGCCGCUCAUUCGGUGGGCAAGAAUCCUUUGGAAAGUCUGAUGUAUCCGAGCGAUCCAGUACAACUCCUCGUACGAUUUCUGGCCGUUCUUCAUCACUCAGUCGACGCUCCGAAGCUCGAACUGUAACUAGCCCCCGGACGCCUACCACCAGCUUCACUAGUCCAAAGUCACCAACGACCGAUUCGCCCUUCGCCGCGUUAGAUGGGCGAUUGGCCCAGCUGAACUUGGGCCAUAAAUCGAAAGAUCUGCGAAUUCGAGAGUACCAAGCCCAAGGUGAAAGCCAAAAGGCCUACUUGCGACGACAAGAAGAUGAGGUGCAAGUGAUCGGCUCGGCAAGGGCCGCGAAACGGCCGGAAUAUACCCUCGACAAGAUCAAGAAAAAGGUCGAACUUUACGGGAUUGUCAUCCCGGUCCCAGAGCCGAAGAAGGACCCCUUCCCCAAACUUCCUGACGACCACAACGAAUUGCUGCAGCGGGCGUGGAAUCAAAGACUCAACCCGAACGAAGUCUUUUCUACAAUCGACUCCGUUCCGAUUCACCGAAAGGACCUGCUGACUUUGAGACCUCGAACCUGGCUGAACGACGAAGUGAUCUGCGCCUUCCUCAACUUGAUUGUCGACCGCGGCUGCACAAAUGGGUUCCCCAGCGUCUACACGUUCAACACGUUUUUCUAUAGCAACCUUCGUACACCUGGGAAAGGCUACCCUUCGGUUGCCAGAUGGACGCGCAAGGUGGACGUCUUCGAGAAAGACAUUCUUCUCGUCCCGGUGCACUUGGAGGUCCAUUGGUGCAUGGCGACAAUAAACGUGAGAGCCAAAAAAAUUGAAUAUUUCGACUCGAUGGGCGGUUAUCGGGCGGGCGCAGAAUGCCUGGAGCAUCUCCUCAAGUAUCUCGAAAAGGAGGCCGACAACAAGAACAAACCACCGGGAACUUUCGUGCGCUCCGAAUGGGAAGCCAUUUUCCGAGAGAAUAUACCUCAACAACGCAACGGCUACGAUUGUGGCGUCUUCGCAUCGCAAUUCGCCGAGGCCGCAUCCCGACAUGCCCCGAUCCAGUUCCGCCAGGAGAACAUCGACUACUUCCGCGAGCGCAUGGUCUGGGAGCUGGUCAACCAAAAGCUCUAUUCCGGCAAU